AUGCCUGACCUCCGAAUGCUCAACAAGCAGGAGCACCAGCUGCGGAAAUCGCUGGAUGGAAUUCAACAGUUCGUCAGUGGUUUCCAAACGAAGCGAGAUGCGGGACAAGUGAGCGUGAGAUUGGAAGCAUUGGACAAGCUAUUCGGUCAGUUUCUCGAGAUCCGAUUGCAAAUCGAGCUGCUUUUGGAGGAUGCGAUUGAGGAUGGCGAUGGCGACGAAAAAACACUCAUGCAGCAAAACGACAAGAUACGACAGGACUUCGAAAACGUCUACUACGCUCUGAAGUCCGAACUGCUGGCUUUCCAGUCGAUUGGAUCCAGUACGUCGAAGAAUUCCACGCUUCAAGCCCCGGAUGCGCAACCAGGAACCCAGUUUGCGAAGGUAAAACUCCCCGAGAUUAAGCUGCCGUCGUUCACUGGAAAGAUCAACGAAUGGGUACCGUACCGUGACAGCUUCCGGAGUCUCAUACAUGACAGCAAUCUCCUCACGGAAGUGGACAAGUUUACGUACUUGAGGUCUUCGUUGUCCGGUGAUGCGCUGCAGGAAAUAAACUGCAUUGAUUUGUCUGCAGCCAAUUACGCGGUAGCGUGGAAGGCGUUGGAGAGCCGGUAUGAAAAUAAGAAGUUGAUCGUCAAGGUGCACCUCGAUGCACUUUUCGCCGUGGAGACACUCAAGAAGGAAAGCUACGAGGAGCUCAACCGGUUGAUCAGCGCGUUCGAGAAGAACCUGCAGAUGCUGGAGAAGAUCGGCGAAAAACCUUCGGACUGGAGCACGAUUCUCGCCUAUAUGGUUUGUUCCCGAUUGGACAUGGCUACCCUACGCCACUGGGAAACCCACCACAACAGCAAGGAAGUUGCACAGUAUCCCGCUGUGUUGGACUUUCUGAAGAGUCACUGCUCCGUUCUGCAGUCAAUCGCUCCAUCAAGGCCUACGGUUCCCAUCCAGCAACGACAAUCUCGCCCAGCGGUGUGCAACACAUCUUUCAAGUCCGCUCUGAAGUGUCAUUUCUGCAGCGAGCCACGACACUCUGUAUUCCAGUGCGCAAGAUUCCAGCGGAUGAGCGUGGCGGAGAGGAUUGAGGCUGCAAACAGGAACAAGCUCUGCCGGAAUUGUUUGUAUCCUGGACAUUUCGCUAGAACCUGCGAGAAGGGAACGUGUCAUCAGUGCCAUCAGAAGCAUCACACACUGCUGCACUCUGAAGCGCCCAGAUCCUCCGUUCCACCCACGCAGUCAAGACCGUCGACAGUCAAUCAGCAACCUAGACAGCCACAAUCCAGACCACCAACACCGAACCAACAGACACAGACUGCUAACACUGCUAACACACCAGACUCACACACUCAGCCAGCCACAGAACACGCCACCACAAGCCAAACACAUUCAGCAUUCAAGACCGCUACGGCAACCCCGUGGUAG